AGGAAGGGGGAAGCGGGAGCCGCGGGAAGGCGAGUGGGGGACCUCCCCGCCAAGGAGGCGAAGUAGUUCAGUCCCCAAGAUGGCGGCCACCAUGAAGAAAGCGGCAGCAGAAGAUGUCAAUGUUACUUUUGAAGAUCAACAGAAAAUCAACAAGUUUGCAAGAAACACCAGCAGAAUUACAGAACUAAAAGAAGAAAUAGAGGAUAAAAAGAAACAGCUUCAGAACUUGCAGGAUGCGUGUGAUGACAUCAUGAUGCUUGAUGACGAUUCACUGCUGAUACCUUAUCAAAUUGGUGACGUCUUCAUUAGCCAUCCCCAAGAUGAAACACAGGAGAUGUUAGAGGAGGCAAAGCAAAACUUGCAGGAAGAAAUUGGAGCUUUGGAGUCACGAGUGGAAUCUAUCCAGAGAGUAUUAUCAGACCUUAAAGUGCAGCUUUAUGCAAAGUUUGGAAACAAUAUAAAUCUUGAGGCAGAUGAUAAUUAAAUAUUCUAGAAAUGGUAUUUUGUUUUUUGUACUAAUUAUUCCCCUCUUUUAAAAAUGUUUUGAGAAGCCCCACGUAUUCAAGUGUUUUUUUAAAAAAAUUACAUCCACUUAUCUGUUUCAUGUAUUUAAUGAAAGAAUUAUUAUUUUGCAUACCUAUAAUUAUUUAUGUUUUAAGCGAAUAGAUUCAAAUUUUGCUGGUUGCAACAUCAAGAGUGGGUUUAUUGAAUAACAACAAGAAGAAUAAAAGUCAAGCAAGCAUACAA